CAGUGGAAAGCACGUGAUCGCUCGAAGCUGCUCUCGUCUCGGUGGGGAGUGGCGAGCCGCGACCGCGAGUCCAAGUGGCGGCUAGGGUUUUACGACCUCUCUCUCUCUCUGACUUCUUUCCACUCCGCCUCGUCUUCCUUCCACCUCCGUCUCAAAGUCUAAACCCUAGACUAGACUACCUCUCGCGUCGAUUACGAUUCACCCAUCCAUGGCGGUCACUUCGCCGGCGUGGUUGCUCUAGGUUGCUGAUUGAAGGGUUGGAUUGGUGUUUCCGGUGAUUUGUGAGUGGAGUUUGAGGCCAGGAGGGGAGAGGGGGGGCGCCAUGGGCACGAAGAACCAGUUCGAUCUCCUCGUCGACGUCGACAACGACGACCCCUCCCACCUCAUCGCGGCCGCCGAGAAGAAGGCGGCCGCGUCGCCCAAGCCGGCGCCCGCCGCCCCGGCCAAGCUGCCCACCAAGCCGACACCGCCCGCGCAGGCUGUGAAGGAGUCGAGGAACUAUGGCGCUCCAGCUCGUGAUGGGCCAGGACGUGGUAGAGGUGGCUUCCGCGGAGGCAGGACGGGCCCAAGGCGUGAAUUUGGUGAGGGCAAUGCCAAUGGUGUUGAGGGAGGUUACGGCGGUGGUGGUUUUGGAGAUAGUGGCUUCCAGCGGAGAGAGGAAGGUGAUGGAAAGGCUAUGGAAAGAGGCCGUGGACCACGUCAGCCUUAUCGUGGUGGUGGUCGCCGUGGUGGCUAUGCUGAUGGUGAGGCUGGUGAUGAGUCUGCUCGGCCCCCUCGCCGGGCCUAUGAGCGCCACAGUGGCACAGGCAGAGGAUAUGAAAUGAAGCGUGAGGGAUCUGGCCGUGGCAACUGGGGAACUGUGACUGAUGAGGCCCUUGCACAAGAGGCAGUAGAAACUGAGGGGACUCCUGUGGCUGAAGACGAAAACAAGCUGGAGGAGGUUCCACAGUCUGAGGCUGAGAAGGGCAAGGAGGGUGAACCAACUGAAGCGGAGGAGCCUGAAGAUAAGGAGAUGACAUUGGAAGAAUAUGAGAAAGUAUUGGAGGAGAAAAGGAAAGCUUUACUUGGACUAAAGCCUGAAGAGAGAAAGGUUGAGGUGGACAAGGAGUUGCAGUCCAUGCAACAGCUUUCAGUGAAAAAGGGUGCUGAUGAGAUUUUCAUCAAGCUGGGUUCUGACAAGGAUAAGAAGAAAGAGAACACAGAAAGGGAUGAACGUGCCAAGAAGUCUGUCAGUAUCAAUGAAUUCCUGAAGCCAGCUGAGGGUCAAAGGUACUACAGCCCUGGUGGCCGGGGUCGUGGUCGUGGCAGAGGCCGUGGUGACCGCGGCGGUUUCCGUGGUGGGUACAGCCCUCGGGAGGUCGCAGCUGCGCCAGCACCGGCAAUUCAAGAUCAAGCACAGUUUCCCUCACUCGGUGGGAAGUGAACGCUCCCAAGCCCAAGCUGCUAUGAACUCAAUUGCAUAUGAACUCAAUUGCACUAGUGUCCUUGCACCUAUCCGAUGCAUUAGUACUGUACUGCCGCUCUAUAUCAGAGCCAGGUGUUUGUCACACGGUUAAGCUUAUGUAACUUUUAAAUUUUCAAUAGGAUGCCUGCAUGUCCUGUGGUACCGUUCUCGGUUAAAAGAUUUUGCUCAGCAUGAGUCUAGCUGGUUCGUUCUGCUGAUCUUUAUUCAAAA